GUGCAUGAAGCUCAACUUCCAGCUUUUUUUUUUUUUGUUGGUCUGGGAAAAAAGAAAUUCCACAGUCAUCUAAGAGGCACAGGAGGAAGCACAGCUCACAAGAAGAUAGCUGAUCAAGCAAAUUUACCCUGUGUGUCCCCAGCCAAGGAGGACAAUGGUGCUAAUCCAGGUGCCGGGACUUUUCCUAGUCGUACUGUUUGGAAUUGUCCAUUCUCAAGUACCAGAGUUCAGCCAUGGAUGUGCUGAAGGCAGCUGCUACCCAGCCACUGGUGACCUGCUGAAUGGACGGGCACAGCAACUCGUUGCAUCUUCUACAUGUGGUCUCCAGAAGCCAAGUCCAUUCUGUAUUGUUAGCCAUCUCCAGGAUGAAAAGAAAUGUUUCACGUGUGAUUCGCGAAAACUAUAUAACGCUGUGGAUAAUACAGAAAGUCAUCUUAUUGAAAACGUAGUCACAACUUUUGAUCCUAAUCGCUUUAAUUUGUGGUGGCAGUCAGAAAACGGUGUGGAAAAUGUCACAAUCCAGCUGGAUCUUGAAGCAGAAUUCCAUUUCACUCAUCUCAUCAUGACCUUUAAGACCUUCCGGCCAGCUGCAAUGGUUAUUGAAAGAUCAUCAGACUUUGGUAAAACAUGGAACAUCUACAGAUAUUUUGCAUAUGAUUGUGAGUCGUCAUUCCCUGGAGUUUCUUUUGGGCCAAUGAAAAAAGUUGAUGAUGUCAUCUGUGACUCUCGAUACUCUGACAUUGAACCUUCCACAGAGGGAGAGGUUAUAUAUCGUGUCUUGGAUCCAGCUUUUCGUAUUGAUGAUCCAUAUAGUCCUAGGAUUAAAAGCUUGUUAAGAAUUACAAACCUGAGAAUAAAGUUCCUAAAGCUCCACACUUUGGGUGAUAACCUUUUGGAUUCCCGAGUUGAAAUAAAAGAGAAAUACUACUAUGCCAUUUAUGAUAUGAUUGUUCGUGGUAACUGUUUUUGCUAUGGACAUGCUAGUGAAUGCGCACCUGUAAAUGGAUAUUCCGACAAUGUGGAAGGAAUGGUACAUGGACGCUGUGUUUGUAGACAUCACACAAAAGGUUUGAAUUGUGAACUGUGUAUGGACUUUUAUCAUGAUUUGCCUUGGAGACCAGCAGAAGGUCGUAGCAGUAAUGCUUGUAAAAAAUGCAACUGUAACGAGCACUCUACACAAUGUCACUUUGACAUGGCUGUAUACAUGUCAACUGGUAAUACAAGUGGUGGAGUGUGUGAUGAUUGCCAGCAUAACACAAUGGGACGGAACUGUGAGCAGUGCAAGCCAUUCUUCUAUCAGCAUCCAGACAAAGACAUACGUGACCCAAACAUCUGUCAACCUUGUAACUGCGACCCAGCUGGAUCCCAAAAUGGUGGCAUAUGUGACCGUUAUUCAGAUUUCUCUGUGGGACUUAUUGCUGGCCAAUGUAGAUGCAAGUCAAAUAUAGAGGGAGAGCGCUGUGAUCGAUGCAAGGAAGGCCACUAUGACCUAAGUGCAGAAGAUCCAGAUGGAUGCCAGCCUUGUGGAUGCAAUUCUCUAGGAACUAUUCCUGGUGGCAAUUCGUGUGACUCGGUAGAAGGAAACUGUUAUUGCAAGCGUUUCGUGAUGGGGAAGCAGUGCGACCAGUGCAUGCCUGGAUUCUGGGGUUUGAGCAAUGACCUGGAUGGAUGUCGACCUUGUGACUGUGACCGUGGUGGAGCACUGGAUAACAUCUGUUCUGCUGAGUCAGGACAAUGCCGCUGUAGGCCACACAUGAUUGGUCGUCAGUGCAAUGAAGUGGAGUCUGGCUUUUAUUUCAUCUCUUUAGACCAUUACAUCUACGAAGCAGAGGAUGCAGAUUUUGGCCCUAGUGUGAGAACUGUUGAACGCGUGCACCCUCAAGAUCGAACACCAUCUUGGACAGGACCUGGAUUUGCCCAUGUUCCAGAAGGAGGAUACUUGGAGUUUCACAUUAAAAAUAUUCCAGUCUCAAUGGAGUAUGAUCUUUUAAUCCGUUAUGAACCACAGCUCCCAGAACAAUGGGAAGAAGCAGUGAUAACAGUUAUUCGUCCAUCGAAAAUUCCCACAAGCAGUAGAUGUGGUAAUACCAUCCCAAGUGAUGACAACCAAAGUGUAGCAUUACCUCCAGGAUCCAGGUAUAUAGUUCUUCCUCGUCCUAUAUGCUUUGAGAAAGGUCUGAAUUACACCAUACGUCUGGAGUUGCCACGAUAUUCAGUUAACUCUAAUGUAGAAAAUCCCUACACAUUAAUCGAUUCUAUUGUUCUGCUUCCUCAUGUAAAGUCCCUGGACAUAUUCAGCUCCGGAGGGUCAGGAGAUGAGGUCAGCAAUGCCUGGCAGACAUUCCAGAGAUACAGAUGUACAGAGAACAGCCAAAGUGUUGUGAAAACUCCUUCCACAGAUGUCUGUAAAGACUUCCUCUUCAGCAUCUCAGCUCUGCUACAUGAAGGGGCCCUAGAAUGUCAGUGUGACCCUCAAGGCUCCCUAAGUGCUGUAUGCGACCCGAAUGGAGGGCAUUGCGAUUGUCGGCCAAAUGUGGUUGGAAAGAAUUGCGAUAAAUGUGCACCUGGAACUUAUGGCUUUGGGCCUAGUGGAUGCAAACCUUGUGAAUGCAAUCUUAAAGGAUCUUCUCAUUCUUUCUGCCACCCUGAGACUGGCCAGUGUCCGUGUAUCCAUGGUGCCUAUGGAAGACAAUGUGAUGCAUGUUUACCUGGCUACUGGGGAUUCCCAAACUGUCAGCAGUGCCAAUGUAAUGGACAUACCGAUGACUGCAAUACCCUUACUGGAGAGUGCACCAGCUGCAGAGAUCACACUGAAGGUUACAGCUGUGAAAGAUGUUUAGCUGGUUAUUAUGGAGACCCCAGGCUUGGUUCGGGUGAUCAUUGCAGACCAUGUCCAUGCCCAGAUGGACCCGGAAGUGGACGCCAGUUUGCUAGUGGAUGUUAUAAAGACCCUACAUCUGAGCAUGUUGUAUGUACAUGUAAUAAAGGAUAUACAGGUGUUCGCUGUGACGGUUGUGCAUCUGGCUAUUAUGGAAACCCAGAACAGAAUGGUGGUGUCUGUCAGCCUUGCAACUGCAAUAAUAACAUAGAUAUGUCUGAUCCACUGGCUUGUGAUAAACAAUCAGGAGUAUGUCUAAAGUGCCUCCAUAACACAGAGGGUGAAAACUGCCAUCAGUGCGGACUGGGAUACUAUGGCAGUGCAAUUCAUCAGGAUUGUAAAAAGUGCGUCUGUAAUUACCUGGGCACUGAACAGGAGCACUGUCAGGGAGAUGUCAGUUGCCACUGUAAUACAACCACCGGCCAGUGCCCUUGUCUGAAGAAUGUGGUUGGACAGAGCUGUGAUCACUGUGCACCGAACACCUGGAAUUUAGCCAGUGGAGAUGGUUGUGAGCUAUGCGGUUGUGAUCCAGGUCGUUCUCUGGGACCAUCUUGUAAUGAGUUCACUGGACAGUGCCAUUGCAUGCCUGGUUUCGGAGGGAGGAACUGCAGUGAAUGCCAGGAACUUUUCUGGGGUAAUCCAGAUUUCGAAUGCAAAGCUUGUGAUUGUGACUCGAGGGGUAUACAGACACCCCAGUGUGAUCGAUCUGAUGGCCACUGCAUCUGCAAUGAGGGUGUAGAAGGAUUCCGUUGUGAUAAAUGUGCCCGAGGAUAUUCUGGAAUUUUCCCAAACUGUGCUCCUUGCCACAAGUGCUUUGGCCUUUGGGAUGUGAUCAUCAAAGAGCUGUCCAAUAGGACCAACAGACUGCUGGACCGUGCCAGUGCUCUGAAAAUCACUGGAGUUAUUGGACCAUACCAGAAAACCAUUGACAAAGUCCAGGAAACACUUAAAGAAGUUCAGACCAUUAUCUCCCAGAAUCCUGCUGUUGAACCACUGAAAAACCUUGACAGACUUUUUGAUGAGGCUGAGAAAUUGAAAUCAGAAGUCUGGGAAAAAGUUGAAGAAGUGGAGAAGAAAAUAACCGAAAUUAAUCUUAAUGGAUCAGUCAAACUGGAUGAUCUACAGGCUGAUGCAGAUAGUGUUAGCAAAGCACUGAAAGAGCUUGGACAACAACUAGAGUACAUGAAGAUUUCUAAUGUUCGAGGAGCUAUGGACAGCAUCAAUAAAUACUUCCAGAUGUCUGUAGAGGCAGAAGAAAAGGUCAACGCCUCUGCUGUGAACCCAGAUAGCAUUCUUGAACACUCAGGGUCUACACGACGGGAAGUGGAAGAUCUCAUAGAUGAAAAAUAUAUUGCAUUUAAAGAAGGACAAGAGGAGCAGUCUCGAUUUCUAGAUGAACUUGCUGGCGAGGUCCAGAAUUUGGAUCUUUCUUUGUUGUCUGAAACGACUUGUGGAACACCAGUUGGUGCAUCAUGUGAAGUUUCACAGUGUGGAGGACUUGGCUGCUUAACAGAAGAUGGCAAGAGAAAAUGUGGAGGAGACGGCUGUAACGGCUUGGUGGACAUAGCAAACGGUGCAUGGAAAACUGCUAUGAAUUUUGAUAAAGAAAUUCAGAGUGCAAUGGCAGAAGUGGAGGAGCUCUCUAAACUGGUUUCUGAAUCAAAGCUGAGAGCAGAAGAAGCAAAACAAAGUGCCCAAAGUGUUCUAAAUAAAGCCAACUCGACAAAAGAAAAAGUUGACAAAAGCAAUGAAGAUCUAAGAAAUCUUAUCAAGCAAAUCCGUGACUUUUUAAUGCAGGAUGGCGCAGAUCUGGAUAGUAUUGAAGCUGUUGCUAGUGAGGUAUUGAAAAUGGAAAUGCCCACUACUCCUGAGCAGCUGCAGGCUCUUACUGAGGAUAUACGUGAACGAGUGGAUAGCCUUUCUGAUGUGGAAAGCAUCCUUCAACAAAGUGCUGGGGACAUCGCUAAAGCAGAGUCUCUGCUGGAUGAAGCUAAAAAAUCAAGCCAGAGUGCAUCGGAUGUUAAGGCUACAGCUGAUAUGGUGAAAGAAGCUCUAGAGGAAGCAGGCAAAGCCCAGAGUGCUGCUGAAAAAGCUAUUAAGCAAGCAGAUGAUGACAUUAAAGGGACAAAUGAUCUGCUGACUUCUAUUGAGUCGGAAGCAGUAGUCUCAGAAGAAACAUUAAAGAAUGCCACUGAACGUAUGAAUGAACUUGAAAAGAAUCUGGGAGAUCUAAUGAAGAAGUCUACUUCCAACUCGGAGUCUUUAGAUUCAAUUGAAAAGUCUGUUGAAGAUGUAAAAGCAGAUGCAGACAAAGUAAAAAAGGUGCUAGACAAUGAACUUAGUAAUAAAUAUAAGAAAGUCGAGGACCUGAUAACGAAAAAAGCUGAAGAUUCUUCAGAGGCCAGAAAGAAAGCAGAACAACUUCAAAAAGAAGCGAAAACCUUGUUAACACAAGCAAACAAGAAACUGAACUUACUAAAAGAAUUAGAAAAGACAUAUGAAGAUAACCAGAGAAUAUUAGAAGAGAAGGCAAAACAGUUGGUGACUUUAGAAGAAACAGUCCGGACACUUCUACAAGCUAUCAGCCAGAAAGCCGCAGUCUACAGCACAUGCUUGUAAACCAAGUCACUCCAAUGGGAAUCUGAUCAACGGGACCAAAAGUUCUGUAAUUUAUAGGAGAUCUUUUUUUAUUGUCUAUUUUAUUACAAAAUAAAUGAACAAGUAAUAAAUACCUUGGAAUAAAUGAAGUGAUUUAAGGCUUCUAUUCUCUAAACCAAAACAAUGUAUGCUACAUCUCAUUAAUAAGCCUUUUGUAUUUAGUUCCA